AUGCUUGCAAGACGGGCAGAGUAUCGGGUUUUGGGGAGGCGUGACUCCCACCUAUUCCAGGUUGGGGUCCUUGAUCGAACCCGGCUUCGGCGCAGACUCGACCAGGAGCCCGCACUUGCCGCACUUCCUCUUUGCAUCAUCACCCUUGAAGUCCUCAACGGCCUGCUUGACCUGCGUCCCCAGGUCGGUGCAGUGGAACGAGGCCUCGUGGACGACCUCGCCGCAGUCCGGGCAGUACCAGCGCAGGCGGUCGAGGGACCCCUCGGGCCGGCGCUGCUCCAGGACGACGCCGACGGUGUUGGCGAAGCGGACGGGGUUGUGGGGGGUGUUGCCCGGGAGGAGGAACAUGUCGCCCUCCCUGAUGAUGACAUCCCGGAACUUGCCGUCGUCGAUGACCUUGAGCAUCAUGGCCCCCUUGUACUGAUAGAACCACUCGGGGGUCUGGUUGAUGUGGUAAUCUGUACGGGCGUUGGGUCCGCCGACGAUCUCGGGUCAAAGGUCAGUGACAGGUCUUCUCCAUUUAUAACUUGGGCCAGACCAGAGAUAGCCGUUGGGAAGUCUGAAUGGGAGAGAGAAAGGUGGGCUCAAACCAUAACAGUAAAGUCUUCGUUAUAG